AUGAAAAAGGAAAAUGUAACGUAUGUCACUUACUUCGUGCUCCAAGGACUUUCAGAUGUUCCUCAAGUCCAAUAUUUCAUAUUUGUAACAUUUUCAUUGAUUUAUCUUCUAACUCUACUUGGUAAUUCGGCCCUAAUAACCACCAUCCGUAUGGACAGAAGCCUUUCUAAUGCUCCAAUGUUCUUAUUCCUUAGUCACCUCUCCUUCUUGGACAUGUGCUACACUACGGUGACUCUUCCCAAGAUGCUCUUGAGUCUUCUUCUGGGCAAUCGAACCAUCUCCUACAUCGACUGCUUCCUGCAGCUUUUCUUUUUUAUUUCCUUUGGUCAAUCUGAGAGUUUCUUGUUGGCUGUCAUGGCUUAUGACCGAUACAUGGCCAUCUGUCAUCCUCUUCACUACAUUGAUAUAGUAACAAAACGCCUUUGUUCUUAUCUAACAAUGCUGUCCUGGUUUUUUGGGUUUGUAAACUCUGCCCUCCAUACAGGUUUGGCCGCCCGAUUGACUUUCUGCUCUUCCAACCAAAUUGACCAUUUCUUCUGCGAUAUCACGCCCUUGCUGAAGAUAUCUUGUGUGGACACCUUGUUGAAUGAGAUUGUGAUCUUCGUGGCUGGGGUCUUUGUGGUUCUUGCUCCUUUCCUGUCUAUCCUUAUCUCCUAUGUCUACAUUAUCGGUGCGAUCCUUAGGAUUCCAUCAGCCACGGGUCGACAUAAAACCUUCUCCACCUGCAGUUCGCACCUCACUGUGGUCUGUAUGUUCUACUGUACUGUCCUCCUGAUGUACAUGAGGCCGGCCUCCUACUCGCAGAAUUAUGACAAAAUAUUUGCUCUUCUAUAUACUUUUAUCACCCCAUUACUGAACCCAUUUAUAUACGGCCUGAAGAGCAGAGAGGUAAAGCAGGUUAUCAAGAAAGUGUUCAAGAAGAAAUAUUAUAAUUGA